CGCCCCGGCCCGCGCGCGGCCAUGGAACUGGAGGUGCCGGACGAAGCGGAGAGCGCCGAGGCGGGGGCCGUGCCCUCGGAGGCAGCGUGGGCCGCGGAGACCGGCGCGGCGGCAGGUCUGGCUCAGAAGAAGGCAGCCCCAGCAGAGGCCCCGUCAAUGACGGGACAGCAGGGCCCAGGCCAUGGGAAGAAGCUGGGCCAUCGGGGCGUGGACGCGUCUGGAGAAACCACCUACAAGAAGACCACCUCCUCCACCCUGAAGGGGGCCGUCCAGCUGGGCAUCGGCUACACCGUGGGCAACCUGAGCUCCAAGCCAGAGCGCGACGUGCUCAUGCAGGACUUCUACGUGGUGGAGAGCAUCUUCUUCCCCAGUGAAGGCAGCAACCUCACCCCUGCCCACCACUUCCAGGACUUCAGGUUCAAGACCUAUGCACCCGUUGCCUUCCGCUACUUCCGGGAGCUCUUCGGGAUCCGGCCGGACGAUUACUUGUACUCCCUGUGCAACGAGCCGCUGAUCGAGCUCUCCAACCCUGGCGCCAGCGGCUCGCUCUUCUACGUCAGCAGCGACGACGAGUUCAUCAUCAAGACGGUGAUGCACAAGGAGGCUGAGUUCCUACAGAAGCUGCUGCCUGGCUACUACAUGAACCUCAACCAGAACCCACGGACGCUGCUGCCCAAGUUCUACGGGCUGUACUGUGUGCAGUCGGGGGGCAAGAACAUCCGCGUGGUGGUGAUGAACAACAUCUUGCCGCGCGUGGUCAAGAUGCACCUCAAGUUCGACCUCAAGGGCUCCACGUACAAGCGGCGGGCCAGCAAGAAGGAGAAGGAGAAGAGCAUCCCCACCUACAAGGACCUGGACUUCAUCCAGGACAUGCCCGAGGGCCUCAUGCUCGACGCCGACACCUUCACUGCCCUCGUCAAGACGCUGCAGCGCGACUGCCUGGUGCUGGAGAGCUUCAAGAUAAUGGACUACAGCCUGCUGCUGGGUGUACACAACAUUGACCAGCAGGAGCGAGAGCGCCAGGCCGAGGGCGCCCAGAGCACCGCCGAUGAGAAGCGGCCUGUGGGCCAGAAGGCGCUCUACUCCACAGCCAUGGAGUCCAUCCAGGGUGGUGCCACGCGUGGCGAGGCCAUCGAGACGGAUGACACGAUGGGUGGGAUCCCCGCUGUGAACGGCCGCGGCGAGCGCCUGCUGCUACACAUCGGCAUCAUCGACAUCCUGCAGUCCUACAGGUUCAUCAAGAAGCUAGAACACACGUGGAAGGCCCUGGUCCACGACGGGGACACAGUCUCAGUGCACCGCCCCAGCUUCUACGCUGAGCGCUUCUUCAAGUUCAUGAGCAACACAGUCUUUCGGAAGAACUCCUCCCUGAAGUCCUCGCCGUCCAAGAAGGGGCGCGGGGCCCUGCUGGCCGUCAAGCCCCUGGGGCCCACAGCCGCCUUCUCGGCCAGCCAGAUCCCCAGUGAGAGAGAAGAUGCACAGUACGAUCUGCGGGGGGCCCGCAGCUACCCGACGCUGGAGGACGAAGGCCGGCCUGACCUAUUGCCUUGCACGCCGCCCUCCUUCGAAGAAGCCACUACCGCCUCCAUUGCCACCACCCUGUCAUCAACGUCCCUCUCCAUCCCCGAGCGGUCGCCCUCAGAGACAUCGGAGCAGCCCCGCUACAGGCGGCGCACUCAGUCCUCCGGGCAAGAUGGCCGGCCCCAGGAGGAGGUGCAGGAGGAGGAGGACCUGCAGCAGAUCACUGUGCAGGUGGAGCCUGCUUGCAGUGUGGAGAUCGUGGUCCCCAAGGAGGCAGCCGAGGGGAUGGAGGCUCCCUCCGCCGGUGCCUCGGCUGCCGUGGAAGCGGAAACCACCAGCCAGGCCUCGGAACCUGCCAGCCAGGCCUCAGAUGAGGACGAUGCACCAGCCACUGACAUCUACUUUGUAAGUCCCCUGGUGGCUCUCAUCGGUGGGCCCCGUGGACCAGACACACGUGGUCACACAUGCAUCCACACGCUGGUACACCCAUGCUCAUGCUGCUGUGCUCACACUCACAUACCCACACCCACACAUGCAUACCCUCGCACACACUCAUACGUGCUCACGUACACGCACACACCUGCAGUCACACAGUUUACAUGUGCACGUGGUCACACAUGCCUGCACACACACUGACACAGAUGCAUUUACACGCGCACAUGCUUACACUCAUGCACACGGGGCUUGCACACACACACAUGCGUGCACACUUACACAGGCAUUCACACACUCGCGUGCACAUGCUCACAGACACACAUGUACAUCCUCACACAUUGGCAUUCUUACCUUCUCACACACAGGCUCUUUUUCUUCUCGUUCAAACAUUAUGGUCUGAGGGGCCUCCUGGCCCUUCCCCAGGUCUUACAGCUCUGAAGCCCCACACCCACCCAGCAGCACCACCUGUCCCCAGGGUCCUGGGGCUAGAAGGGUGGAAAUGAACAGGCUCUUCCCCCUUUCAGUGAUGGGAGCAUAGCAGCCAGGUGGACAGAGAAACUUGCAGAAAGGCAGGUGCACUUGCCCAAGAGCACAUGGCAGGUGGGCUCCCGCUGCCUGCUCCGUGGGCCGAGGGGGUGUGGGUCUGCUGGAUCAGGAAGGCCUCGCGCCCUCCUGCUUCUCCCGUCGGCAGACGCAGAAGGUGCCUGGCUGAGGCUGGGGGUGUGGUGGGCAUGGGGAGGACAGCCUGCCCUGUCCAGUGUAGCAACUCCCUGACGGCUGGCCCUCAGGCCACCUACCCUGGAUGCUGCAGGCCAGCAGCCCCCUCCCCGGGCCGGCCAGUCUCACCUUUGCGCCCAGGGCAGGCGCCUGGGCCAGGCCUCCAGCUGAGGGACUGUGUGGUGAGCACACCCACCCCCCUUCGCUGCUUCACACUAACGUGCCUGCUCCCUGUGCUCUGGAUGCUGGGGUGGGGGCAGAGCUCGGCCCGCUGUCUCCUGGCGGUGCCAUCACUUGCUUGUCCCACCCAGAGCUCCCUCCUCCCCGCCUUCCCCACCAUCUCCCCUUCCUUGGGCUGCAAUCAGCGCAGGCCGUUGUGUGCGUCUGCAUCCCAGGCUACGCAGGUGGAGAAGGCCACGUGCCGCAGGCAGGGCCACCUGCCCUGCUCCGGCCCCCGCCGGCCCUGCUGUCUUUGCCGCC